AAUACAUCAAUUAUGUCAACGAGCAUGGAGAUUCGGUAGUUCUUGAUAAUUUUUAUCUCAAUUCAGUAUCAAACCACAAAUAAAGAGCGUUUAUACUCCACAUAAGUGAUACCACUCCAGAAUAUGUGACAAUAUUACGAACAAAGAAAACAUUUCUUUCGUUUAAAAUGUUAGGUUAUGUUUACAAGUUCAAGAUAAAAAAUGUUUUUCUGCUCGUGCUGGUCGUUUCAGGGGCUUUAUAUUUCGUCCAGUUUUUAUUUUUGUCUGAAGUUCGACACCCGGUUAUAGUUUGGUGGACCCCUUUCAUGGGAGAUCACGAAAGAAUGAUUACGUGCUCAAAGUACACUUGCUUAUUAAGCAAAGACCGAACCCACGUAAACAAUAAAAAUUUGCAAGCCUUUUUAUUUUAUGGAAGUUUAUUUAAAUAUGAAGAUACACCAAUCCCUAAAAGUCGAAUUUGGGCAGUUUUUCAUGAAGAAUCACCCAGAAACGUGGCCCUUUUUUUAUACCAGCGGACUUACGACGUUUUUGAUAUUACAGCAACGUUUAGUCGAUACAGUGAUUUUCCACUGACUUUACAGUAUUUAGAAAAUUUGACUAUGAUUACAGAUAACCGUUAUUUAGUGAGUCUGUAUGAAAAAAAUAGACUGCUGGACAGUAUUGCACCAGUAUUAUAUGUACAAUCAGACUGUGAUACUCCCGUAGAACGGGACGCUUAUAUUGCCGAGCUUAUGAAACAUAUACAAGUAGAUUCCUUUGGGGCUUGUCUCAACAAUAAACAUUUCCCAAAAGGAAUAGCGGACGUGAACUCUAUGGAUCUCUAUAACGACAAACUGCUUCAUUUUAUAGCAAAGUAUAAAUUUGUUCUAGCUUUUGAGAAUGCAAUUUGUGAUGACUACAUUACUGAAAAACUGUGGCGGCCUUUGGUGGUUGGAUCAGUUCCUGUGUACUUAGGAUCACCGUCUGUAGAGGACUGGCUACCCAACCCAAGUUCGGCUAUUUUGGCGAAAAACUUCGCCACGCCUGAAGAACUGGCAAACUAUAUACACAAAAUCAACGCCAACGAUACUUUAUACGAGACGUUUCUCGAGCACAAAAGUGGCAAAGUCGAGAACAAUUUUCUUAAAAGUACGUUACGCAAGGGUCGUUUUGGUGUUGAUUCCGAUCAGGAUGACCUAAUUCCAGCCUUCGAGUGUUUCGUGUGUCAACAGAUUCACGAAGGUGUGACGAAACGAGGUUCGAAGUCUGUAUAUGAUUGUAUUGAGCCCAAAGAAGGGAAUAGUUGGGAGUACUUUUGGCAGUCCGGAGAUUGCCAGUCCCGGGCUUUGGUAGAUUCCGUGGUGAAUAACAAAAGUGAAAGAGUUUCCUGUUGAUAAAUUGAGUCGAAUUAAAAAUUGUAUACUUUUAUUAAGUGAUAACUCUGCGAUUAAAAAAACCUCUGUGAAAACAAUGCUAUAAAUACUCAAUUAUUGCAAAUGAAUAUUAUAAAAUAAAAUAGUAACGAGUAGAA